GCACAGCUUCUCAGCUCGGUCACUGCAACAUCUAACUCAGAUAACACCACUAUCCCUCCGGUCAGCUAUAUAGCAACCAAAUAAUUGAGACAUCUUCUCAAGAGGAGUCUUAUUCUUCUUCUUAUAUAACCUUCGAUAGCAACACCACAAUGUCACGCUGCCCGAUUGUCGUUGUUCCCAAAUUUAUCGGGACGAUAAGUCUUGGCCUUUUAACGGGUGUAUCCUACACUCUCUCCACCCAGACUCUUCCAACCCUCCUUGCUUUCCCUUCCGCCGCGACAGCUCACCACAGUCUUCAGAAGCUCCAAUCUGUCGCAAAGCGCCACCUCCAUGCACUAUCUGGGCUUUCAAUCGUCUCUUUGAGCACGGCCUACUUUUUCUCUCCUCCGCGUGGCCGACACCCUUACCUGCUCUGGACCAGUCUCAUGGUGGCUCUCAGCGCCGGCGUCGAUUUUGCUCUACAGAAGAAUGAAGCUCGCCUGUUCUCUCUCUCGAAGCGACAGGAGCAAAGUGGCUCAGAGAGCGGCGAACUCCCUCUUCAUGAAGCCAAGAGGGCAGAGGAGGGUUAUGCUGGCGCCAUCAACGGCGAGGAGGUGAAGAGCCGCAUGGAGGCCUUCCAGUUGGCUCAAACUGUCCGCGCGUGCGUCGCUGGCAUUGGCUUUUUGAUGGGCGUCGUUGGCAUCUGGGGCGAUGGUGCCUAAAGGCUAUGAGCCUCUUUGUUGGGAUAUAUAUCACCAGAUAAGAAAGUGAUGGGGCACAUAUAUCAUCUCAAGGAGACGGGCUUCUCAUUUCUAUCCGGCAUUCUGAAACUUUUGAGAUUGAAGCCCGACUUUACAUUCGCGAGGCCCGCUGAGGUUUCUUCAUUCGGGAGCGAUGUGUCAGCUUAUCUUGAAGAUAUAUUCACAUCUUGACAGGAUGGCUAACUGAGUUUAAAACAUCUCUUGUCAUGCCUUUUUUUUUCCUUUUGGCGUUGGGAGCGUGUAUUAGGGGAUGAAUUGAGGGUUUCCGCGGCUGAAUAUAUUCAUGUCAUUCUAUGUAAAUAGCACUCUUCACUCUUGCUUGCCUGCAGGAUAAGCUUCCCAUUUUUAAUCCAAUCUUAUCUCCUUAUGAAUGCAACC